AUGGGUUCAGCUGCAUCGAAGCCCGUGAAAUCUGCUGCUGGCGCAGCUGCGCGCCGACAAUAUCCUAAACAGGCCCCCGUUCCGCCGAGGGUGCAGUCAACAGCUCCGAAGCCAUCGCAAACACCGCAACCUGCUCCUCCUACGUCUACACCAUCGCCGAGCCAGGCCCCCGGCCCUAUUUCUCAAGGACCUAAAUAUCACUCUAAAGAGCAGCCUUCCGGUACAAGAUCAAAUGCCAUUGACCUCGACGGUCGAGACCCCGACUUCGCCGCCUCCCUCCGACACAUCGGCCCCGUCAACCCCUUCCCAACCCUCUCCAACUCCAGCACCGUCAACCGCGGCUCCAUGCAGACCGUGUUCCCAUCAGCCUCGAACCCGGCCCUACUCGCUGUGACAGCCCGUACGAGAAUCGGAAAGGCUGCGCAAGAGGAGAUUGAUGCGAUUGGACGCGGCGACUUUGCUGGGAGGCAAUUCCUGGAUGCGUUUACUAUCUCGCAGGCGUUAACUAUGCGUGACCAGCAGAAGAUGCCGAGGCGGGAGAUUGAGAGGUUGUUGAGGAUGAAGGAGGGAGUUAUGGAUCGGUUAGGGAAGGAUGGGCUUGUUUCGAGGGUUUCUGUGUGA